CCCACAAAAUAAAAAUAAAAUAAAAAAUAAGCUCCCAGUUUACCAGUCAAGAAAAUCAAAGAGAAACUCCAGGUUCUGCUUCAUCUCCAAAUCAAGAUGAGAGCUCUCAAACUCUCCGAUCCCGAUUAGAAAUCAGAAACCCGCUCCGAUCAAAUCCACACCAUGCCCAAUCCCCCAGUCUCAGAUCACCGCCGCCACAGAACCACAUCGGAGACGGAGAAAGCAUGGCACGUAUUAUCAAUUCUAUUCACUCUCCGCCGCCCCGCUACUCCGGAAGAGCUGGCGUCGCGGUGCCGGUUGUUCGACGCCACGGCGGAGGUCGUCCUCAGCCUCUGCUCGAUCGCUAAUUCUCCGAUUUGUUUGACCGAGGAGGAGGACGGACUGGUCACUGUGGCCAUGGCGGUGGUUUCCGCCUUGGAAGAGUUCGCGCCGGAGUCGAGGAUGGUUAUGGAAUUGUACGUGUUGCGGAGUUUUUAUCCGAACACCGAGUUCAGGAAAAGGAAGGCGGAUUUGGACAAUGAGGCGGUGCCGAUGGCGAAAAGGAGAUUGCGGUUUCGGAAUGAGGAUGCAGGUGAAGAAGAUGGAGUGCUAGCUUGUCACCACAAUUUGAUUGAGGGAAAUUCAAAUAAUGAGAGAGCUUUGGGCCCUUUACUUCUUGACUUCAAUGCUGAGCUUUCGAGUCUUCAAAUGACACUUUUUGAGCAUGAGGAAGAAGGUGAUGGUGUUGUUUGGCCGAGUGCUUUGAUGCGUGAGGAGAGCCCUGGAUCGUUAGAUGCAUACAAUGCAGUCAAUAAUCUGCUGAAAACUGAAGCAGAUAUAUGCAACGUGCAGCCAAUUCAAGUUGUUCGAGGUGAGGGGUGCUUCUUUGAUUUGAAUUUACCUCCGCCAAGUUCAAAUCGGGAUGCCUUGGCCGGUAAUGAGAGAUUAAAACAUGACAUGGGUUAUACUGGCACAUUUUUCUCACAAGAAGCAGAAAGCAACAUAGGUGCUGGCAUUCAUGAUCCUCAUUCUUGUAAAGCUUCAAUGGAUCAAUCAAAAGACGAUGCAGAACCUCUAGUGGAAAGUACUGUGAAGGAAAGUUUUGUUGAAGUAAGAGAAGAAGGAGAUGGUGAACAGUUUGUUUUGUCAGAGAAGGUUGAUGCAUUUGGUGAAGCACCCACACAUUGCUUGGACUCUGAAAAUACAAAGAAUGUUAUAGCCUUGGAUAAAGACCAGAGUAUGAAAAAGGCAGAGACAAAGACUGACUUGCUAUCAGCUGAAUGCCCUGAAAAUCCUGAGAAGCUGCUUGCAAACUCUUCCGGAAAAUUGAAGGGCAUGUACACAAAUUUUCCUUCACAAGAACGAUUUCUUGUGGAUUCGUUAGAAGAUAAUGAAGUUGUUAACACUCCCAAACAGCAGAAUCAAUGUAAAAGUGGUCAGAGAUCUCUCUCUGUAGAACAUAAAUUGAAGAAAAACAACACAAAUAGCAUGCAUCCAAAAGAAAACAUGGUGGAUACUACCUCCAUAUCUCCUAAGUUGGAGAAAAUAAAACUACCUCGCUUUGAGGAUUUUAUAAUAGAGGAAGAAGAAGGUUCAGGUGGUUAUGGAACUGUUUACAGGGCUCAGAGGAAGAAUGACGGGAAAAGGUUUGCCAUAAAAUGUCCCCAUGUUAAAGCUCAUAAACAACAUGUUGAUAAUGAGCGGAAAAUGCUUGAGCGUUUUGGGGGUAGGAACUUCAUUAUAAAGUACGAAGGUGCUUUCAGAAGUGGCGACAGUGAGUGCUUUAUUUUGGAACAUGUUGAACAUGACAGACCUGAGGUCUUGAAGAAAAAGAUUGAUCUAUUUGAGCUCCAGUGGUAUGGCUAUUGCAUGUUUAGAGCCCUAGCAUGCUUGCAUAAGCAGGGUGUGGUGCACAGAGAUGUUAAGCCCGGAAACUUCCUCUUCUCUCAGAAGCUAAGCAAAGGUUACCUGAUUGAUUUCAACCUUGCCAUGGAUUUACAGCAGAAGUAUGCAAUUAGAAAUAAAUCAAAAUUAAAUCGCCACGUGUCCUUUGGUCAUGUGCCUCUCCCUCAAAGUAAAUCUGCUCUACCAAACAGAGAAAAGAGGUUUGUGAGAAGUGAUCUUGUAGAUCCAAAGAAAACUGUUGACCCUAAUAGGAACGUGAGGAAGAGGGCUCAGGUUGGUCCCUUGAAUAACGAUCCUAAGAUGAGUGUUGGGAAUAAAUUUAAAAGCCAGCGUGCGGAUGGCUCAGGUAUAACCUCCACUAAGGAUGCGACAGACAAGACUCCAUCCACAGAAAGGGUGAGGGAACCUCUGCCUUGCCUAGGAAGAAAAGAGUUGAUCAGCCUGGCGCAGGAUGUGAUUCUUAGUCCAGUCCAUGAUGUACUAAAAUCUCCUGCUUCCAAAAGGAAAAGGAUUGCUGCUUCUCCAGGCAAGAUCGACAGCAAACUAUUCUAUACAACUCCAAUGUCUCUGAACUUUACUGGUGCAGCUAUUUCUAGUGCCAAUUUACUGAAAAGCAAAGGGGACGGGAAACAAAAGAGAGAAGGUCCAUGUGCUGGAACCAAGGGAUUCCGUGCUCCAGAGGUCUUGUUCAGAUCUCUGCAUCAAGGCCCUAAGGUCGAUGUCUGGUCAGCUGGAGUUACCCUGCUUUACCUGAUGAUAGGAAGAACUCCUUUUACUGGAGAUCCUGAACAGAAUAUAAAAGAUAUAGCAAAGUUAAAGGGCAGUGAAGACUUAUGGGAAGUGGCCAAGCUACAUGACCGUGAAUCCUCUUUUCCAGUGGAGUUAUUCGAUGUCAAAUGCUUGCCAUCAAUGAAACUUCAAAGAUGGUGCAAGGCUCACACAAAGAGAUCUGAGUUUUUCAAUCUCAUUCCAAGAUCGCUAUUUGAUCUUGUAGACAAGUGCUUGACAGUAAAUCCAAGGCUGAGGAUCAGUGCAGAGGAAGCUCUCAAUCAUGAAUUCUUUGCCCCAUGCCACGAGAGUUUGAGGAAGCACAGGAUGUCCAGGCGGGGCAGUACGGGCGCCCAGAAUAAUCUUGUACAAAGUCUAGAAUAAUAUGAUUCUGAG